AUGGCUGAGAAAUGUAUUGAAAAUGAAGACCGAAUUCCAGUUGAGAUAGAACCUGGUCGCUACCAACAUGAAAUGAAGUUGGAGGGUUUUUUAAAUUUAAAGCCAACCAGUAAAUCUGCAUUACUUAUAUUAAAUCAAGAGAUAGAUGUACCUGAAAUAUUUUUAAAUUUAUGGUCCUACUAUGACAUAAAGGUAUGUGCUGACGGUGGUGCCAAUAGAUUAUAUGAUUUUUUCAGAACUUUAGAGUUUACAACUACCCUAGAAUUAGAUGAAUUGAGGAAGAAACAUCUUCCAAAUUACAUCAUUGGUGAUCUAGAUUCAUUGAGAGAUGAUGUCAGACAAUUUUAUCUUUCAAAUGGUGUUGUAAUAAUCAAGCAAAACACUCAAUAUUCUACUGAUUUCACCAAAAGUACAAAUUUAAUCACUUUACAUUUUAAUGAUCCUAAUUUUAGAAAAAUGCUUACAAUUAAUACCAUCACUGAUAAUUUUGGUAUUGAUUUCGAAGAUGGUAUUCAUUUACUAUACCACAAACUAAAGGAAACCGCAGAUUACAAUAAUCCUUCUCAUCCAAUACCAAAUAUUAAAAUCCUAGCACUAGGUGGGAUUGAUGGCCGAUUUGAUCAAACAAUUCACUCCAUGACGCAAUUUUACACUUUGAGGAUAUCUGAUCCUUUCAUUGACUUGUAUUAUUUAACUCACACGGACUUAAUUUUCUUAAUACCUUCAUCAGGAUGUUUAAUAACGUAUGAAAAAACAUUUAGGGAUAAAUUUAUUGGUUGUUGUGGACUUUUACCAAUUGGAGCACCAACAGAGUUAGUAGAAACAAUUGGCUUAAAAUGGGAUAUUCAAAAUUGGCCAACAAGUGUAACGACCGGCAGGGUUAGCAGCAAUAAUAGGUUUUGCGGCAUUGAUAAAUGUUUCAUAAACUCAAAAGACCCGAUUGUGUUUAACGUCGAAAUAUUUGUAGAUAGACUAACAGAAUUAUUCUAG